AUGGCCGAGAUUAAGGGCCUGAGUGCUCACAAUCGCCCACCUGAGAAGGUCCGGGAUGUCUUUAAGAAAUACCAGAGGUACCAGGCCUCCGAGGUGGGCAGUGACCCCGACAUCAUUGACUUGCAGAAGCUGGAUCCGGAUGAGCCUCCAGAGUCGAUCGCCUUGGACGGGUGGAUGUCCAGCAAGGAUCUACGACGGGCAUUUCAUGAAUUCGUGAAGGGUGAGAAUGCGUCGUCUGCGGAGCCAUCGGGGGGUUUCUUCGAGGAUAUCCCCAUUUUCACCCAUCGUUCGGUGUCAGCUACAGGUCUCCGUUUGAUACCGUCUCUCUUCCCGCCAACGGUGCAGAAAGAACUGCUCUCUCGGCUGUUCCAUCGCGAUCUCUCGGAUCCAAGACACCAGACGAACGUGCAUCUACACUACAAUGUGACGUAUCCAGACAGCCCCAAAUCACGUGGUGACGACGACAAGGAGGAGAAGGAUGAAAAGGAGGAGGAGAAGGAGGCUCGAUCUGAUGAUCAACAGCCACGAGCCUCGUUCUUCCAAGCGGACCCGGGGCUGGUGCUGUCGCCCAAGGACCCCGAGGCGCACAAACCCAUCACCAUCCAAAACUUCCUCGAGAAGAAGCUGCGCUGGAUCACGCUGGGCGGCCAGUACAACUGGACGACCAAGGAGUACCCCGCAGGACCGCCGCCGGCGUUCCCUCAGGAUAUCGCCCGCCUCCUGCGAGCGGCCUUCCCGGAGACGGAGCCCCAGGCGGCCAUUGUCAACGUCUACUCUGCUGGGGACACGCUCAGCAUGCAUCGAGACGUCAGCGAGGAGUGUGACAGCGGCCUUAUCAGCGUGAGCUUUGGCUGCGACGGGCUGUUCGUCGUCAGCCACGACGACGGCGAGGGCUGCGAGGUCAUCCGUCUGCGGUCCGGAGAUGCCAUCUACAUGGCCGGCCGGUCUCGAUUUGCCUGGCAUGGAGUGCCCAAGGUCUUGCCGUCGACGUGCCCGACGUGGCUGCAAGACUGGCCGGGGCCGGACUAUGAAUAUUGGCGGGGAUGGAUGGGCGGAAAGCGAGUCAAUUUGAACGUGCGGCAGAUGAAUGAUGUGGACGAGAAUGGUGCUCUAGAGCAUUAG